GGCAAUGUGCCAUGACGUGGUCACCGCCGACCGGUACUACGCCAUGGCGCAGGACGCCGCUUCUCUGGCCGAGCUCCGGAGGAAGUUCGUCCAGGCGACGGACCCAGAGGUCCCUUCAGCGUCAGGCUCUCUGGCGACCGUCGUCCGCUCCGAGUCCUCGGAGUCGGAGGACGAAGGGGAGCCUGCGCUGAAGAAGAGGAGGGCGGGACCUGAGUCCACCCAGGAGGGGGAGUCGGAAGGCGACUCCAGCAGCCAGUCCAGCAGCCAGUCCAGCAGCCAGUCCAGCAGCCAGUCCAGCAGCCAGUCCAGCAGCCAGUCCAGCAGCGAGGAGGGUCCGUCCUCGUCCGCCCGGACGGGGCACUCUUCCUCCGCCCAGGAGCUGCCUUUGGCACAAGAGCUGCCCCUGUCCCAAGAGCUGCCGUUGGCCCAGGAUCUUCCUUCCGCCCAGCAGGUGCCCUCUUCCUCCGCCCAGGAGCUCCCCUCUGCCCAGGAGCUCCCCUCUGUCCAGGAGCUCCCCUCUGCCCAGGAGCUCCCCUCUGCCCAAGAGCUCCCCUCUGCCCAGGAGCUGCCGUUCUCCCAGCAGGUGCCGUCUCCCUCCGGCCAGGAGCUCCCCUCUGCCCAGGAGCUCCCCUCUGUCCAGGAGCUCCCCUCUGCCCAGGAGCUCCCCUCUGCCCAAGAGCUCCCCUCUGCCCAGGAGCUGCCGUUCUCCCAGCAGGUGCCGUCUCCCUCCGGCCAGGAGCUGCCUUUGGCUGAAGAGCUUCCCUUGGCCCGAGAGCUGCUGUUUGAAGAAGAGCUGCCAUCCGCCGAGCACGUGCCGUCUUCCUCCGCCAACGAGCUGCCCUUGGCCCAAGAUCUGCCGCUGGCCCAAGAUCUGCCGCUGGCCCAAGAUCUGCCGUGCGCCCAGGAGGCGGCGUCCUCCGCCCAGGAGCUGCCGUGCGCCCAGGAGGCGGCGUCCUCCGCCCAGGAGCUGCCGUGCGCCCAGGAGGCGUCGUCCUCCUCCCAGGAGCUGCCGUGCGCCCAGCAGGGGCCGUCUUCCUCCGCCCUGGAGGUAACCCCCUUUUACCGUGCUAAUUAUAGGCUGCGACUGAGGGCAGAGCAACGUGCCGCCAAAGGCAAGAAAAAAUAG